AUGAAGCUCUUAUCUGCCUUGAUUGCCUCCUCUGGGUGUCUGCUGCCUGUUGCCGCAGUCACGUCUGUUGUCGAGGAGAGCGAUGUUCCUUACAGUGCCCCCCUUCGUCACAUGCCCGAGAUGGCCUACGACUCUGACGAAGUCGAUGUGCAGUCGUUCGUGUCGGAAGAAACUAUCGACUAUGAUAUCGAUGCAAGCCUUCGCCACUUAGAAGAAAUUCCCAUUCAGGAAACAUUCGACAGCGCAGAGGAGCGAUACCUGGGAAAGAAGAAGCAGGAACCCGUCGUUGUUGCAGCCCCGGCGAAGAAGGUCGCGCCGGUGAAGAAACCCGUUGUCGAGACUAAGUAUGUGGCCCCAGUUCAAACUAAAUAUGUGGCCCCCGUUGAGACAAAGUACGCUGCUCCAACCAAAAAGUGGCGCCGUCUGGCUGAUGUCUCGGAGACCACCGUCAGUGUUGCUGCCCAGGCCACGGAGGAUUCCGACAUCUCUGCGGUGACUAUGACUCAAACCGAGGAAGAUGAGGAUCGUGACCUGAAGAAGAAGAGAGCGUAUGUGGUACCCGCUGUCGCUCCUGCGGUGCACUGCGCGGUUGGCAACCCGUGCUACGACCCUUACCAUGCGGGCUGCGAAGGAAGCGCUUGCCUGAGGUACAUGGGAGAGACAGAGAUGACGGAAGACACCGUGGAUCAAAGCGCCGAGGAACGCUCUCUAGGCAAGAAGAAGCAGGAGACUGUUGUCGCAGCUCCGGCGAAGAAGGUCGCGCCAGUGAAGAAACCCGUUGUCGAGACUAAGUAUGUGGCCCCCGUUCAGACCAAGUAUGCUCCUCCAACCAAAAAGUGGCGUCGCCUGGCCGCUUUGGCCGCCACGAAACAGGCUGAAGACGACUCCGUGGCCUCUCAGACGCUGGAGGCCGGCGCGGACGAGACUAUGACUCAAGCGGACGACGUGAUGACCGUCCAGAGCGAAGAGUCCGCUGUCUCGCACAUGAUCGAGGAUUCGACGUCCACACAGUCAACUGAACUGCUCGAGGAAUCAGCAGGAGUCCAAGGAGUUUCAGCAACUGAAAGCGAGACAGAAGACGAACGAGAUCUGAAGAAGAAGGCGACGACAUACGUGGUUCCAGUAGUGCAAAAGGCCCCUGCGUGUGUAUCUGGCAAGUCCUGCUCCUCCUACCAUAGCGGGUGCGUAGGAAAUGCCUGUACCCGCUACAUGCACGAAACUGCAGAGUGA